AUGGAGUCUGGAGAAUAUGUCCCAGGCAGCGUCUACUUCUACGCCCCUAACAAGGGCGCUCCGGUGUUCUUCGCCGUGGCUUUCGCCGUGUCCGGCCUGUUCCACGUCUAUCAGUGCAUUCACUACAAGAGCUGGCAGCUGACGGGCCUCUAUGUCUUCUGCUCCGUCCUGUUCACCGCGGGCUUUAUCGUCCGCGAGAUGGGCGCCUUUGACUACGAGAACCUUAUCAAGUACAUCAUCAGCACCUGUCUGAUCUAUGCUGCCCCCCCCCUGCUCGAGCUCGCCAACUACCACAUCCUCGGCCGCAUCCUGUACUACGCGCCCUAUCACUCGCCGAUCCACCCGGGCCGCGUCCUGAUCACCUUCGGCUUCAUCUCGUUUGUCGUCGAGGCCCUUAACGGCAACGGCGUCGCCUACAGCGUCAACCAGUCCCUGCCGGCCGACAAGCAGGCCAUGGGCCGCGCGCUGCUCAAGGCCGCGCUGCUCAUCCAGCUGGCCGUGCUCGCCCUGUUCGUCCUGCUCGCCGUGACCUUCCACCGCCGCUGCGCGCGCGCGCAGGCAAAAAACGCCGGCGCGGGGGCGGGCAAGCCGCGGGCCGGCUACGCGCGGCUGACGGCCGCGCUGCGCACGCUGUACGCGUCGAGCGCGCUGAUCGGCGUGCGCACCGUGUACCGCGUGGCCGAGUACUGGAGCAUCGUGCAGGGCGACGGCUACUGGCGCGCCGGCGCCGACCCGGCCAGCCUCAGCGUCGUCAUCCGCUACGAGUGGUUCUUCUGGGUCUGGGAGGCCAGCCUGAUGCUGGUCAACCACGUGCUGGUCAACGCGCGCCACCCGCGCCGCUACCUGCCCCAGAGCUCCAAGACGUACCUCGCCCUCGACGGCGUCACUGAGGUGCAGGGCCCCGGGUACAAGGACGGCCGGCCGUUUUGGCUCACGCUGGUCGAUCCGUUCGACUUGUGGGGGUUGGUGAACGGGAGGGAUAAAGCGGCGCGGUUCUGGGAGCAGGCUGGCGAGGCGACGGCCGCGAAAGAGGCGAGCCGGGGUGUGGAGGCUCAGGUGUGAUGAUCAUCUAUUUGCGCGGUUGGGCGUGGAGGAUGCGCUGUCCCUGGGCGGAGGAGGAUGUUAGACUUGUAUACACUAGAUCUUUGGUUGGUUAUCCUCUUUGUUUUUGUCUCAUCUUUGGUUCGGCGCCUAUCUGUCUCAGUACCGUAUUCUUGAGAACGGGAAACAAUGCUUGAAUUGAGUAGUGUAGCAGAGGAAGGCAGAUCCACAAACAAUGCUCAGGAUGCUGAAG